AUGGAGGACAUCGAAGAAGAACCAGUUGAACAACUUCAAAGAUCAACAAGACCCAGACAACCGAAUCCUAAGUAUGCUAAUGCUGCUAUUAUGGAAGAUGUGAAGGAGCCAUCAAGCUUCGAGAUGGACGUGAAGAACACAUUUCUACACAGUGAGGUGGAUCAAGAGAUUUACAUAGAGCAACCCAUCAGAUUUGAGAGUAAAGAAAAGGAAAUAUAUGUUUGCAAGCUAAAGAAAGCUCUCUACGGACUGAAGCAAGCUUCGAGAGCUUGGUAUGACAAGAUUGGUGGAGAUCCUUCGAGGCUGGUCGAUCGGGCGCUGGCGCCGCCCGCGACGGCGAUCGUGCGGACGUACUUGCCGUGGCCGGUGGCGUCGGGAGCAGAGGAGUGGCGUUCGGUCUACUCGCUGUGUUCCGAUGCGCCGUCGUUCUUCUCGGCGCGGCUGCAUGGGUUCGAGAGGAUUCCGGCGAGGUGGCGUGAGAGGCGCGUGACGGAAGGGACCGAAGCAGGAGGAGAAGCAGAUGAGCCUCUCGGCAAAUAUAUUCCUGGUCACAAUUCGUUGCGGUUAUCUGAUCUGAACUCCCUUCUCAACGCUUAUAGACCUCUGAAGCGAGCAUUGGAAGCCUUUUCGAUGGUAAGAAGAGCACAAUGCAUCCUCUUUACUUCCUUCUACGAGCUCGAGUCCCAAAUAAUCGAUGCAUUGCGUGAGCAACUUCACUGCCCAGUGUACACAAUUGGCCCUUCUAUUCCUUUCAUGCAUCUCAGAGACAAUAAUGACAACAUAGACCACAUCCAAGGAUGGCUAAACUCACAACCCAAGAAAACAGUACUCUACGUCUCGUUGGGUAGUUUUCUCUCAGUCUCGGUUGCUCAAAUGGACGAGAUUGCAACAGGUCUAAGAUUGAGCGGGGUACGAUUCAUGUGGGUGGCCCGUGGAGAUUCUUCUUCGAGACUGCAAGAAAUGGUUGGCGACAUGGGGAUCAUAGUUCCAUGGUGCGAUCAACUGAAAGUUUUGAACCACGACUCGAUAGGGGGAUUCUUGACUCACUGUGGAUGGAAUUCUACGUUAGAGGGUGUAUUUUGUGGGGUUCCAAUGCUUACUCUCCCGAUAUCUUGGGAUCAGCCAGUGGUUAGUAGGCUUGUUGUUGAUGAAUGGAAGAUUGGGUUGAAUUUGAGAGGAGAUACUGGGAGGGAAGGUGUGGUUGGCAGAGAGGAGAUCGCGUUGCUUGUGAAGAAGUUGAUCGAUUCGGAUGGUGAUGAGAGUAGGGACAUAAGGAGAAGAGCUGCAGAACUCCGAGGUUCUGCCCGUAGAGCUAUCUCAGCUGGUGGAUCUUCCUCGGAGAAACUUGGUUCUUUCGUUAGAGAUCUUAUGCAGGGUAGCGGCUGCUAAUUUGGUCGAUCAUAUGCAGGGCUAUGAUGUUGCUAUUUAUUUUCUGUUGUAACAAUAAUCACAAGAACACAAGACGUUAGUAUUGUUCUCAAGGCGAACCUCUUCACAGAGAUAUCUGCAUUGUUUUCUCUUCAGCUCUUGUUCUCUUCAGUCAUGUUUGGAGUUCAACGUUGCACUUCUCAAAAGAAAAUUCUAUGUAGAGGAAAAUUGAGAACGAAUUGUUGUUUUGCCUUAUUGUCUUAACUCAGUAGGUGCAGAACCAAAACAAUGUUUUGGCUCGGUUUCUUUCCCUUAAUUAUCUUGAAAGUGAUGAUUAAGUUUAUGUUUUUUU